ACAAGUGAUCAAAUUGCAUUAAACCAUUCAGUCAAUGCCAGUCAUCCCAGAGACAAGAAAUUAGAACAGUUGAUUAAACUGUCUGAGAUCUCACUAUGGUACUCUCACGAUAUUUCCAAAACGUCUAUCCUUCCUUUAUUUACGGAUUCCUUAUUCUUACAAGUUUGAUCUCAGUAUAUCCAGUGACCAAUUUUGGUGAUUUUUUGGAAACGCGUAAUUCGACUCAACCAAAUCAUAUAAAUAACUCAAGGAAUUCAUCUGGUUUACGCAAUCAAAGUUUUCCCAUGAAGAGUUUUUCACUUGGCCAAGAAACAUUAAUAACAACGAUGGUGGUCUCCACAGUUGGUGUCCUAACAAAUGGUCUUCUUGUUGUUCUUAUUUUGAAGGAUCCUCUAAACAAGCUAAGACGAGGACCGUGGAUUACUAUCUUAAGCUUAUCUAUAGCUGAUUUCACUGUAUCUUUGUCUCAAUUCAUGAUUGUUGGAUUGGGUAGAUUGUUUGAGGUCAAACCAUCAGAUGCUGUCAUUUAUUCUGUCCUUUUCUUUUGGAUGUUUGGGGUUGCGGGCUCAUUUUUUCACUUGACAUCACUCACAUGGCAAACUUACAUAAUUGCAAAGUAUCCCAAAUACAAACAACAAAUGUUAUCUUCGAAGAAAAUUUACAUAUUAUGCGCCACAGUUUGGUUGAUUGCCAUUUGCAUGGGAUUUGCUGAACUCACACCAAUUUACAGCAAGAAAAAUGAACAGGUUAUGUACACUUAUAUCACAGGAUUUGCUGUCUUGGUAAUCACUGUUUUACUUCAUAUCAUAUUGAGGUGUUUCAUACUUAAGGUUGUAUUGCAAAGUCGACAAGACACUAAAGUAAAUGCUACACAGUACAACACUAAACACUUUAAAAUUGUAAAGACAAUCAUUGUGCUGAAUGUCUUAUUACUGGUAACUGCAUUUCCUUAUUUUGUCGCCCAAACAGUGCAGUUUAUUCAAAGGCUUGAAAAAAUACAAAGUGAAUUGGUUUGGCGUUUUUCUUACUACUACCAACCAGUUGCCAUGGUGAAUUUUGCUGCCAAUCCAAUUGUGUAUGCACUGAGGCUUCCAGAUUAUCGAAACAGUAUAAAGGCGUUGUUUAAAAAGACUAGAACUGUUUCCAUUUAAAAACCUGGGCAUUCAAUCUUUUCACUUCGUACUAGUGCUAGUAAACCUGUAUGAUAGAUAAUAUGUUCUAAACUCAAUUUGAUUAAAAAUGUACGAAUAGUGCUAAUAGUUUUUAUUGGAAGAAUAAAUUCCAAAGUGACAAACAA